UCUCAAUUCUCUUGCAACCUUCAAGAUGGCGGUCUUUUCCUAUGUAGGAAAGAAACUAGAGCAAUUUUGUAGUUCAUGUUUCCAGGUCUUGAGCUAUUUAAAGUUCAUAUGGUUUCUAUUUAUCUGUUUCUAUCAUUAUGUCUUGCGUCGUAUGAACCAAUUUUUUGUCGAGGUAUUCUAUUUUCUCUCCAUUUCUUUCUUGGGAUUUCUUAUCCUCAAUGCAAUGGAUCCAAGAACCCCCUCUUUUACCCCUAGAAAAUUUGACUUAUUCUUCACCUCGGUCUCUGCAUCCACUGUCUCUAGCAUGUCUGUCAUCGAAAUGGAGGUUUUCUCAAAUGCUCAACUCAUCAUUAUGACAAUCUUGAUGUUCAUUGGUGGUGAGGUUUUCACUUCAAUGGUCGGACUUUUUCUGCGUAGUUGUUCACGUCAUAGUUCUAUAAAAGAGGGUGGUAGAGUGAAUGACUCCAUGAGUGAUCUUGGCAUCCCACCAAGCUUCGAUGGCCAACUUGAGCUAGGCACCAUAGCCAACCCUGAAUUCGAGAGCUCAAAAUCAGAUAUUUUCGACUUUGGUAAUUAUCAUCCAGAAGCCGUGGAUGAUACAGACCAACUGAACUUUAAAUCCAUUAGAUUUUUGUGUCUUUUAGUAUUGGGUUACUUAUUAUUGGUCCAGAUAUUAGGCGUGGUGUCAGUUUUGGUAUACCUAAAUGUCAUCUCAAGUGCCAAAAAUGUACUUGAACAAAAGGGUCUAAAGACAUUCACUUUCUCCCUCUUCACCAUAGUUUCCACAUUCGCCAGCUGUGGGUUUGUCCCAACUAAUGAAAACAUGAUGAUCUUCAGAAAGAACACUGGCCUAUUAUUAAUCUUAAUCCCUCAAGUUUUAUUAGGUAACAAUUUGUUCCCUUCAGCUUUGAGAUUUUCCGUUUGGGCCAUCGGAAAAUUCAAAAAGAAAGCCGAAACAAGUUACUUGUUGAACAACACCCGUGAAAUCAGGUUUCAUCAUUUCCUUUCUCAUCUACACUCUUCGUUUCUUGUGGGUACGGCGUUGGUGUUUAUCUUUGUACAGUAUAUAUUGUUUUCCUCCCUGGAAUGGAAUGGUGAUUCCAUGAGUGGCUUGAACCAUUAUGAAAAAUUUAUCGGGGUUCUCUUCCAGACCAUCAAUACCAGACAUACAGGUGAAACCAUCGUCGACCUCUCCACCAUUGCAGCUGCCUCAUUGGUGUUGAUCGUCGUCAUGAUGUAUCUUCCUCCAUAUACAUCGUUUUUGCCGUUAUCUGGAAAACAAAGUAGCCAAAGAAACAGUGAUCAAAGAAAAAAGAAAAGCAGAAGAGUUUUGUUGGAGAAUAUCGUUUGCUCACAACCCGCAUAUCUUGUUAUCUUUGUCAUCCUUGUUUGCAUAACCGAGAGGAAAAAGAUUAGAGAAGAUCCCCUCAAUUUCAACGUUCUCAAUGUUGUAGUUGAAGUCAUAAGUGCGUAUGGAAAUGUGGGGUUCACGACUGGCUACAAUUGUGAUCGUCGGAUUAAACCAGAUGGAAUUUGUGAAAAUAAAUGGUAUGGGUUUUCGGCGAAAUGGAGUGACGAAGGGAAACUAAUUCUUAUUGUAGUUAUGUUUUGUGGUAGGCUUAAGAAGUUUAACAUGAAUGGUGGAAAAUCAUGGAAGCUAUUGUAAAUUUGAGUUUCUAACAUGCUUAAUAUAAUUUCUUGGCAUGGAGCAU